GAAGAGAUUGACAGCAACUCGCUGUCUAGAGCUGCAGCAUGAAACAUGUCAUAAGCGGCAUGUGAUUGAUGGAGGGCAAUGGUAAUGGGGCAGAGAUCAGGGGGUCAGGUUGAGAUGCAAGAUCGGAAUCAGGCCACUGCCGCGCACAAGUCAUCGAUAUAAGACGUCCAUUCCUACGGGAACACGUUGCGCCGACUGCCAAUAAGUGCCUCCGUCCUCAGCCACUAGGCUUGAGGCAAAGUUUGUGAGCGGCACACCUCGAUCGGCAAGGACAGGCUGCAGAGUAUUGGACCAAUCAAGUUGCCUAGCAAACUCAGCUCACCUUUGACGAAGACUGCAAGGAGAUGUGAAGGAUGGGAUGCCCAUGGAAAUGGUGUGUCGAAGCCGAAAACGACGAUAAGAACAACCCUGACAACAGAGAAGGAUCAAGUUGGCAGAAAGAUGAGGCUGAUGGUGUUUUGUGCAUUCGAGAUGUAAAUGGCACGACUAUUCCAUUCCAGCUGCUUGGUUGCCGAUAUCGCGAUUGCGUCUUUGCGGGUGGGAUUCUGGAUUUUGGAUUUUGCAGUGAAGAAGGGAAGAAGGAAGAAGCAGUCGAGGCGAAGAAGUUUGCUAAGACAAUUGCAAGGCAGUUGGUCCCGGGCGAGACAGAACUAACGGGCAAUCACAAGGAGAUGCUCGGGCAGUGGCAGGCGGAAGGGCCCCACAGCGAUAGAAGACGGCCGGUGAAUCGCAGCAAAAAAAAAAGUCUUGGUUUUGGUGCCCUUUUUUUGCUUUGUUGCCGUGAAACAGGAGGCCAAGGAAAAGGGCGCAAAAAAGGGGGCGAGACCAGAAACUCGAGUUGCACACGGAAUUGAGUUCGGUUCGAGCUGCAGUGGCGCGGAUAGGCGCAAGGGCGAGAGAGAGAGAGCGAGAUAGGCUUCAUACUUAUCUGCUGCUUGCCGCGGACAC